UUGACCGGUCUCCCAAAAGAGUGGCUAAGCUCUGAAUGAGCUUCCUGCGCCUUUAAAAGAGGACAGAGCAGUCGCUCAGGUUAAGCUGUGGGAGCAGGGUGUAACCAGUUCACAAGAAGGGAGUGUUUCGGGCUACACUAACCUGGACGUGAGAACUGAAGAAAGUGGGAGGGUCUGGUUUGCCCAGCUGGGUGUGUCAGCCAGGGCUUCUUACGCAGGUGUCACAGGGAGGAAUAUAUAUAGGCAGUGCUUCUCUCUCUGGGCUGCUCAGCAAAAGUUCGCUGCCAGAAGACAGGCCUGCCUGGAAAAAUAUUUCCACCUGCGGGUUACCUGCUUUGCACCUGUAACUCACCUGGGAAGUUCUCCAGGGAGCUGUGGCCGCCAAGUGGCAGGCAGGCGGAUGUGCUGGAGUCAGCUGCGAGGGGGGAACCUGCAGUGGGAGAGAAAGAGAGAAAAAUCAGCACCCCUCCACCACAUUGGGGUCUUUUGAGGCUGGCUGCCCUUCCUGCGGAUCUGAAGCUUGCAGGUGUGAGUUGAAGGGGAAAGAUGAGCAUUUCGUCGGAAUCAAAUUCCCUUCGGAAACAAAUUGGGAGCAACCUGCAAACGCAGUCUCAAAUCAUAGAGCUCAAUGUUGGUGGGGAGAUAUUCACCACCACCCUAAGCACCUUGAAGAAGCACCCUGGUUCCAAGCUGGCUGAGAUGUUUGCCAGUGGACAGACCAAGCCCCGUACGGACCCCGAGGGAAGAUAUUUCAUAGACCGGCCCGGGACUUACUUCAAGUACAUCUUGGAAUACCUGCGCAGCAACCAGGUGCCCACGAACUGCGUCCAGGAGGUGUACAAGGAAGCCCUCUUUUACGACAUCGAGCCUUUGGUCAAGCAGCUGGAGGACUCUCCCCAGAUCUUUGGGGAGCUGGUGGCCAGGAAACAGUUCCUCGCCCGCGUGCCCAGCUACAACGAGAACAUCGAGCUGAUGAUCCGCAUCGCGAGGGCAGAAGCGGUGGCGGCCCGGCAGUCCAGCGUCAUGGUGUGCGUGAUGAAGACCGACGAGGAUGUCGUCAAGUGCCAUGACACCCUCAACGGCUUGGACUCCUACAAGAAAUCGGUGGUCAAGUUUGGACCCUGGAAAGCCUCUCCCGGCAUUUCUGACCUACUCGACUGCAUCAAGAUUGAUGUGGAGGCCAAAGGAUACAAGAUCUCUCUCCAGGGCUACGUUCCGGAAAAGGGCUUCCGCUUCAAAUCCAAUGACUACUUCUACAAAUUUCUCUUCACUUGGUGGUAGUGGAAAGCCAGCGGGAAGGGCCUCGGCCCAGUAUACCUGAAGGAGCCUCUCCACCCAGAUCGUUCAGCACUGACACUGAGGUCCAGCUCUGAGGGCCUUCUGGCGGUUCCCUCACUGUGAGAAGUGAGGUUACAGGGAACCAGGAAGAGGGCCUUCUCGGUGGUGGCGCCCGCCCUGUGGAACGCCCUCCCAUCAGAUGUCAAGGAAAUAAACAACUACCUGACUUUUAGAAGACAUCUGAAGGCAGCUCUGUUUCGGGAAGUUUUUAAUGUUUGAUCUUUCAUCGUGUUUUUAAUACAGUGGUACCUCAGGUUACAUACGCUUCAGGUUACAUAUGCUUCAGGUUACAGACUCCGCUAACCCAGAAAUAGUGUUUCAGGUUAAGAACUUUGCUUCAGGAUGAGAACAGAAAUCGUGCUCUGGCAGCACAGCUAAAGUGGUGCUUCAGGUUAAGAACAGUUUCAGGUUGAGAACAGACCUCCAGAACGAAUUAAGUACUUAACCCCUGAGGUACCACUGUAUUCUGUUAGGAGCUGCCCAGAGUGGCUGGGGAAACCCAGCCAGAUGGGUGGGGUAUAAAUAAUAAAUUUAUUAUUAUUAUUAUUAUUAUUAUUAUUAUUAU